AGCAUAAAAACAACGGCGAGGGCGGCGCGGCCUCGACUUUGCGUUUGAGCGGAAAAACAAGAAGAAGUUCGUGCGAGUGGAGGAAGAGAAAAUGGUCCAGCAACUGUCCAAACCCGGAGCGAAGGAGACGCCCGUGCUGAAAGCGGGCCACCCUCCAGCAGUGAAGGCUGGAGGCAAACGAGUGGUCAAGAAAAGCCUGGAAGAAGGCGGGACUCCGGAGAAGGAGACCAGGAGGUCAGAUAAGCUGAGCCGGUCCCUCACCUCAAACAGGAUGCAACAAGUAAGCCUCCUGCUGGCAGGAACCCUCGACAAGCUGGGCCAUGACUUUCCAGAGACUCCCGUGAGUGUGAGGCACAGCAGGCUGCACCCCGGCGUGGAGAAGCCCCACUCGCCCCGGGCCUUUCUCAUCCAGCAGCCGAGGAAGUAUUGAGCCUGUGUGGAAGACCGGCCCGGGGGGGGGGGGGUGUGUAGUCAACUGUUAAAGGCAAGCGUGAGGCGUUGGACACGAGGGGACAGUGCGCUUUUUACACUGCUUGUGAUCAAGUAAACCAGCAUUUAAUGAGCCUGCUGUAGAACUGCUAGAGGAAAUGUAUAGUUGAUGCAUUUGGGUACAAGUAGGUUGAAAAUGAAAAGGUGACAGUUUUGAGGUCAAUAACUAUGCACCACUGCAACAUCUGGCACUUAUUAAACUUAAUAAUAGUGUUUGCAUGGCUUCACUGUAUUGCAGAGCUGCUUUUAGAGUUGCUACCUUUUCCUGCUGUUGCGGCAUUGACCACUAGGUGGCAGCAGGUGGCCAUUUAUAAACUUGCAACUCAAAAUGUCAGAGGAGCAACGUGUACGUUGCGCGCAACUUAAGCAUGUCCUUGUUAACGGUUUCAGCCUUUUUCUACUAUUGUGCUUGUCUUGCAUUACAUUAAAUGGGUAUUACAAUGGCACAA